CGGCGCUCGUGCAGGGGAGCAGACGGCCGUGACUGGGGGUCUCUGCGCCCGAUCGUCCGUGUAGUUCGGUUCCGGCUGUUCCUCUGGGAGGGUCGCAGACUCGGUUCCAUUGGAAGCUGGGAUGGGCACCAGAAGAUGAUGUCAGAGCUCCCGAGCUUCUGAGGUUUUACUGUCGGCCUCCAGAACCCCGACAUGCAUGCAUGGCUUGAUGUUCAUCAUGUUCCACCAUAGACCCACAUGACUGCUCCUGCCGCAACACUGUUAGCUUCCAGCUCCAGCGUGCCUGAGGUGCUGUGCAGAGGGCCCAGCUGGGAAGCCCGGCCUCCCGGGUGACAAAGGUGCCAUUGGGAUGCCAGGACGUGUGGGAGUAAAGGGCCAACCAGGCGAGAAGGGGGCCCCAGGCGACGCCGGGAUGUCCAUCAUCGGCCCUCGCGGCCCCCCUGGCCAGCCGGGCACCCGAGGCUUCCCCGGAUUCCCGGGCCCCAUUGGACUGGACGGCAGGCCGGGUUACUCCGGACCCAAAGGAGAGAUGGGUCCUCAGGGACAGAAAGGAGAAAAGGGCCAGUGUGGAGAGUACCCGCACCGGCUGCUGCCUCUCCUCAACUCCGUGCGCCUGGCUCCGCCCCCGGUCAUUAAGAGGCGCACCUUCCAGGGCUUACCUGGACCUCCUGGACCCAAGGGAGACCCUGGAGUCCAGGGCUACCACGGCCGGAAGGGAGAAAGGGGCAUGCCAGGGAUGCCCGGCAAGCACGGCGCCAAGGGGGCGCCAGGAAUCGCGGUGGCCGGGAUGAAGGGUGAGCCUGGGACCCCAGGAGCCAAGGGCGAGAAGGGGGCUGCGGGCGCUCCCGGGCUCCUUGGACUCCUGGGGCAGAAGGGAGAGAAGGGCGAAGCAGGAAACGCCAUUGGAGGAGGCAGAGGGGAGCCCGGACCCCCAGGACUCCCGGGGCCCCCGGGGCCAAAGGGAGAAGCUGGCGCUGAGGGCCAGGCCGGGGCCCCUGGACAGCAAGGAAGCAAGGGGGAUCCCGGAGCAGCUGGAGUGCAGGGACCCGCUGGCCCCCCGGGCGCCAAGGGGGAACCGGGCAAAGGCGAGAUGGUGGGCUACAACGGCAACAUCAGCGAGGCGCUCCAGGAGAUCCGCACGCUGGCCCUGAUGGGCCCACCUGGUCUUCCCGGGCAAAUCGGCCCACCUGGUGCUCCAGGGACCCCAGGCCAAAAGGGAGAGAAAGGAGAGCCCGGGGAGAAGGGGGACUCAGGAGCAGAGCUUCCUGGGCCACCUGGGCCAGAAGGGCCUCCCAGACCUCCGGGCCUCCAGGGCGUUCCUGGACCAAAGGGGGAAGUGGGACUGGAAGGAGCGAAGGGAGAGCAAGGCAUCCAGGGAGAAAAAGGAGACCGAGGGGCGCUGGGCCUCCCCGGAGCUUCAGGUUUGGACGGCAGGCCUGGGCCACCGGGUACUCCGGGACCAACUGGAGUUCCAGGCCCAGUGGGACCAAAGGGAGAGAGGGGCAGCAAAGGUGACCCUGGGAUGACAGGACCAAUGGGAGCAGCCGGGCUUCCUGGUUUACACGGACCACCUGGGGACAAAGGAAACCGGGGGGAGCGGGGAAAGAAAGGAUCUCGAGGGGCUAAAGGGGAUAAGGGAGACCAAGGCGCACCCGGAUUAGAUGCCCCCUGCCCGUUGGGCGAAGACGGCUUACCCGUCCAGGGCUGCUGGAACAAGUGAUGCCUCUAACCUGGGAUUGGCCUGAGUGUGUGUGUGUACAUAGAAUAUUUAUUUUUAUACAGUUUUCACUCUCUGAAAAUGCCAGAAGGAUGAUGCAUAUUACAGAUUAUUAAAAAACGAAAAGAAAAAAAGAAAGCCUUACAUACUUUGUACAGAAAAUACCAACCUCCUAACGUUUUUUUAUUUGUUUGUUUACAAGACGCAUAAGUCCUGGACCCUAAUACACUUUUUGUUCGUGAGCAUGGCCAGAUGUUUGCAUGGUAUUUGUGCACACUUAUUAAGGAUGGACGCUUAAUAAAUUAUUGAGUUCUGGUGCCAAAAGGGGGCUCCACCGGCACCGAGGUGCAGGCUGCCUUCCCCCUCAAGUGAAUUCACAGAAACGCAGAGGGCCACAGUGAUCGGCCAAGCAACGCGUGACUAUGGACACU